AUGCCCAGUUCCAUUGGUUCCUCGACGGGAUCUGGUCGGUCCAGUCGAUCGACAGUCUCUUCCGAUGAUAACUGCCCAACGGCCGAAGCCUCACUAGGCUCAAAAGAGUACCGGUUCACAACACUGGAGCCAAAUCACAUUGUUGUCGAGGACGAACCUAUGGAUGAUGAACGAUGGAGUCGUCUUGCAUUUGCCUUGAGUAUGCCAUGCAAAGACAUCCGUCGUACGAAUCCCGAGGCUCGAAAAUUUGCAUUUCAAAUGAAGAGACAGAAGUCAAAUGUCAGCAGUAAACAGGUCACUGAGAUGCUCCAUCCCCUCAUCAAAUCUAUCGUUAAACAACACAAGACCAUCAAUUGCAAACGCACGGCACAGUUCCAUCGCGAAAGCGUGCCGGACGAGGUACCAGAUUUCGAAAUCGAACCUGGAUGGAAAACGCAGCUGCCGACGCCCAAGCCGGCAUUUACUCUAGGCUAUUCCGAAUCGGCGUUUAACUCACAUCAACUCGAAUUACAGCAAGGCAUCAUUGCAAAUAAUCGAAAUGAGCCAUGCGAUUUGCACAAAGUUUCGCAGCCCAUACCUAGCGUCUACUGGCCAUUCUUUGUUGUGGAAACCCAAGAUGAAGCAAUGCUUGCAGCACGGAAUGCGUGUGCGGGUUCUGCGGCAACCUGCAAUAAUGGGUUAAUGAUCUUUGCUGGAGCAGCAGAGGAGCAUCGUGACCAAUAUAUCGACAUGAAAUACGUACGGAAUCUCAGUCAAGCGGUACAGUCGUUCUCGCUAGCCAUCAAUGGCAAGACCGCGUGUCUCAGCACGCAUAACUCGGAGGGAUGUCUGCCUCAUGCUGUCAGUGCCAUCAGAACUUAUAAACUUGAUGACGAAGAUGAUAUGGAAGCACUUGCUUCACGGGUUCGAAGCAUUCUUGUUUGGGCUGAAAACUGCCGGCUUUCGUCGAUAACAGAUUUGAUCGAAAAAUUCGACCGCCGUGUUCGGAUGGCCAAGGCGUCGACUGGCUCCGCAUCCCACUGUUAUGACCCCAUGGAGCUUGCUGACUUCCGUAUGGCGUCAUCCAAAAGGAAAAGUGCAAUUGUCAAGGAAGUCUUCAUGGAUGGGCUAGCAAAAUGGAUUCGAUACAGCGGCUGA